GACAAUUAGCUUUUAGAAAGUCCUAUAUCUUGAAAGCUUUAUUGCUGAAAUGCAAAACAUUUUGGGACUGUAUCAACAGUGGACUAAUAGUUUUUGAGUGUAUUCCUUUAAGAGCUGUGCCUGCCUGUGAGUGAGCCUAUGGCUAGCCCAGUCAGUAUGCGUAACUGUCGACAACUUUCCAGUAAUUAGACCUAGAUCUUGCAACAUUACUGAAUUUUCUUCUCCCAUCUGGCUCACCAGUCACUGAGCGCUAACACAUAGGAAGGAGUGGCAUCCUGCCUCUCCAAGGUGACCGGGCUGAUUUUACCUCCAGGAGCGCGUUGCCUUCUCAGCCGUCCUGCUAUGCCUAAACCAGGCCUUUCCCGCCUGGCCUCAUCCCCUGACUCUAUGGAGGCAUCCCACCUCGUUUCCAUGUCAUCGCCCCGUGUCUCCCCAUCCCAGUCACGGCUCAAGUACAUGUCCCUGGGCGUGCUGGUGCUGCAGACCACCACACUGGUGCUCACCAUGAGGUACUCGCGCACACUGCAGGGCGAGGGGCCCCGCUACCUAGCCUCCUCAGCCGUGGUGUCGGCCGAACUGCUUAAGAUCCUCAUCUGCCUGCUGCUCGUCUUCUAUGACCACAGCUUCAGUUUUUGGGUGUUGAAUCGGGUGCUGAAGGAAGAGAUUCUCAACAAGCCCAUGGAGACGUUGAAGCUGGCCAUCCCAUCAGGAAUCUACACACUCCAGAACAACCUGCUUUAUGUCGCCCUGUCCAACCUGGACGCUGCUACCUACCAGGUGACGUACCAGCUGAAGAUCCUGACCACGGCCCUGUUCUCAGUAUCCAUGCUGGGGAAGAGACUGGGGCUCUACCAGUGGCUGUCCCUGCUCAUCCUCAUGACUGGUAUCGUUCUCGUUCAGUGGCCUACAAAGUCUCUGGAUGUGUCAUCUCUGUCUGCAGGCUCCCAGUUAGUCGGUGUGAUAGCCGUACUGAUAGCCUGCUUCUCCAGUGGCUUCGCUGGAGUCUACUUUGAGAAGAUCCUCAAAGAGACCAAACAGAGUGUGUGGGUCCGCAACAUCCAGCUAGGUUUGUUUAGCCUAGUGUUUAGUCUAAUGGGAGUGUUUGUGUACGACGGAGAGAGAGUGAGGGAGUUCGGAGUGUUCCAAGGCUACAACCCACUCACCUGGACUGUUGUGGCCCUGCAGGCUCUGGGUGGGUUGGUCAUAGCAGCAGUCAUUAAGUAUGCAGACAACAUCCUGAAGGGGUUUGCCACCUCACUCUCCAUCAUCCUGUCAACACUCAUAUCCUACUUCUGGUUGGAGGACUUCGACCCCACCAGUGUGUUCUUCCUAGGAGCAGUGCUGGUCAUUGCUGCCACCUUCCUGUAUGGCUAUGAGGCCACCAGCCACAGCAGAGUCUAGAUUGGAGGUAUCAACAAAAAUGUUUGGAUGAAUCCAAGAAUUCACUGACAAUGUUAGUUUGAGAUAAAUAUUCAAUUUUUAUAUAUUUUAUCAUGUUUUUAUGUAUUUGGGGAAUAAGGGAGUAGGGUAAAGGCAGUUUGUAGUAUGAAUGUAUUUUAGAGGUACUGACGGUCAAUAAGACCAAGGGCAUUCUAAUGAAKUGAAUGCCUCACACGUUACAAAGCCCCUCAUUUGUCUUUGAGUGACAGCUCCACCUAGUGGGAGUGUUGGGCCAUAGCACAUUUACUGCAGAGGGGAGGGGUUGAGACGAAUGACUAGAUCCUGGAUGUCUUUUUAUUGGGGACAAGGAGGAAAAGGAUUAAAGGAAGGAAUGCUUUGAAUUUGCUGCUCAUUUCCGGACAUUCAGAUCCAAAGAAUUGCACAUACAGUUGCUGAUGUUUGUAUGCAAAAAUUGCCUUUCAUGCAACAACAGAAAUUAAUAAUUAAAGUGAUCAAAUGUGAAAUAUGGGUCUAAACAGAUGUUUAGUAUUGAAAAGCCAGUAGUAUGUAUGUAUGUAUGUAUGUAUGUAUGUAUGUAUGUAUGUUUGUUUGUUUGUUUGUUU